AUGAACGGGUAUCAACUCUGGGUAAUAUUAGACAUAAUCCCAUACCAAGAUUGUUCCCUCGUGGCCGCCGGCAACUAUUGCGAUUUCCCGGAAGCAUUUUCUGUACAGUGUUACGGCAUGAUGAUGAAGGGCAGUGUGGUGUUGCUCCUGGUGGUGCUGAGUUCCCUGGCGGCCGCCAGUCCUCAUGGCUCCUACGGUGGUCGACGCCGCCCUCAUGGUCAAGGCACCAGUGGCCUGCAUGGUGGCCGUAGACCUGUGGCCACUCUUGCCCAUGGUGGUGCCACUCAUGGCUCUGCUGGCUUCGGUGGUGCCUCCCAAGGCUCUGGUGGCUUCGGUGGUGCCACCCAUGGCUCUGGUGGCUUCGGUGGUGCCUCCCAAGGCUCUGGUGGCUUCGGUAGUGCCACCCAUGGAUCUGGUGGCUUCGGUG